CAGUCUUAACACACUAUAACAUUACUGUAGAUUAUUACAUACAUUCCUGUAUAUCACUGUAUGUUAUUGUUCAUGGCUGUGUUGUGUAAAUGUUGUCCAAAGACCUCCACUACAUAUGCCCUCUGCUGGCCAGAGAUGUCUGAUAUCCCAGUUCAGAUAAAGAACCAGGCAGAAAGCCCAGAUUCAAGGGAAGCCACUCCUACUGCUCAGAACUAACCGUUAAACCGGGAAACGAAACCUAUCUCUGUGAAUCUGCUGCUCAGUCUGGGUGUUUCACAAUGGCAGAAGCACAUUUUGAAGAUAUGGAUUUGAUGACCUGUUCAAUUUGUCUGGAUCUACUGAAGGAUCCGGUGACUACUGCCUGUGGACACAGUUACUGUAUGGACUGUAUUAUAGAACACUGGGAUCAGGAUGAUCUGAAAGGUUUCUACAGCUGUCCACAGUGCAGAGAGACCUUUAUCCCACGACCUGUUCUGAACAGGAGCACUGUGCUGGCUGAAGUGGUGGAGAAACUGAAGAACAGAGGACUCCAGGCUGCUCCCCCUCCUGCUCACUGUUAUGCUGGACCUUUAGAUGUGGGGUGUGACAGCUGCAUUGGGAGAAAACUCAAAGCUUUCAAGUCUUGUCUGAUGUGUCUGGCCUCUUACUGUGAGACUCACCUCAAACUUCACAAUGACCUCAACCGAGGAAAAAAACACAAGUUGAUUGAUGCCACUGGACAACUCCAGGAGAAGAUUUGCCCUCAUCAUGACAAACUGCUGGAGGUUUACUGUCGUACAGAUCAGCAGUGUAUCUGUCUGCUGUGUGUGAUGGAUGAACAUAAAGGCCAUGAUACAGUGUCAGCUGCAGCAGAGAGGACUGAGAAACAGAAGCAGAUGGGGGAAAACAGUCUGAAAUCCAUGCUGAGAAUCCAGGAGAGAGAGAAGGAGAUGCAGGAGCUGAGACAGGCUGUGGACUCUCUGAAGCGCUCUGCACAAGAGGAAUUGUCUGACAGUGAGAGGACCUUAACUGAGCUGAUCCUCUUCAUUGAGAGAAGGCGCUCUGAGGUGAACAAGCUGAUCAGAGCCCAGGAGGAGGCUGAAGUGAGUCGAGCUAAAAGGCGACUGCAGCAACUGGAACAGGAAGUGGCUGAGUUGAAGAGGAGAGAUACUGAACUAAAGCAGCUUUCACACAUAGAGGAUAACAUCCAUUUCCUCCAGAGUUUCCAGUCUCUCUGUGUUACUCCUGGAUCUGAGGCCAUACCCAGCAUCAGUAUCACAUUUGAACAAGCGAAGAAAUGUGUCUCUGACCUGAAAGAGAUCUGCAAAGUGGAAAUGGACAGGAUAUCCAGGAAAGAUGUGUUUAAAUCAAAUAAUAUGAUUAUAAUAUUUGUUUUUAUUAUUGUCUUGUUUCUACUGUUUUUUUGGGAGAGGGGGGGGGGAUGAAUCAGCUUUAAUAUUGCAGAUAGAUUGUGACUUAUAUCAGUGUAAUUGUCUGGAUCAUUUCCAAUACCCCAUAUAUAUUUUGAAAACAUCAUCUUAAAUAUAUUUUCCUUUUUUAUUAAUUUCUCCAAACCCUACCACCACUCCCCUAACUGGAGUAAACUAAUGGACAGAAUACUUAUACAUAAUACAUACAUUUCACGGACACCUUAUUUGACAUUAGUUAUCUUUUGUUUGUUUUUACUCCCAUCCCUCAGCUACCCUCAACUUCUCCCAUCUACCUCUGAAAACCAUCCAGUUUAGAUUUCUAUUUGCCACAUACAUUUCUCAUAUUCUGAACCUUUCUAAUCUCACAGUUUCUACAGAUUGUAAAUAUUAAAGAUAAACACCUUUGCUAAGAGUAUUAUUAUAUUAUUGAUACAUGUAAAAAUGUUCAUAAAUACUUUAUUGAGGAAAAAUGUACUUGAUACGAUUGUGAGAGGUUGAUGUCUCACCUAGAACAGCUUUCUUAAUUAAGGUAAAUGCACAAAUCAAAUCAAAUUUAUUUAUAUAGCCCUUCAUACAUCAGCUGAUAUCUCAAAGUGCUGUACAGAAACCCAGCCUAAAACCCCAAACAGCAAGCAAUGCAGGUGUAGAAGCACAGUGGCUAGGAAAAACUCCCUAGAAAGGCCAAAACCUAGGAAGAAACCUAGAGAGGAACCAGGCUAUGUGGGGUGGCCACAAAUUUUAAGUCUCUGGAUAAGUGCCUAUUAAAUGACUAAAACAUACAUGUGAAAGUGAACAAUUGCAGAUAAGUAUUAUUCUAAUGAGCUCCGCCCCAAAACAGGGUCAUAUGCAAAUAGUCUGGGUAGCAACCUAAACACCCCCCUCUUCUACGUUGCUUCUACUCUCUGUUAUUAUCUAGGCAUAGUCACUUUAAUAACUCUACAUACAUGUACAUAUUACCUCAAUUACCUCAACACCGGUGCCCCCGCAUAUAGACUCUGUACCGGUACCCCCUGUAUAAAG